UCGGUCCAGCAGACAACUGCUUCACCUUGUCCGUUCCUGUGGUAGAACGCAGUCCAACCACAGCAGCACCGAGCAACCACCUUACUUCACCGCCACCAAUAGCAGCAGUUCCAUACUGCCACCAAUAGCAGCAGUUACUUACUCCCAAGUUUUCUUCCUUUCGUAUGAAAUAACUUGCUUAAAGAAUGGGAACAUGGUGUAGACAUAUCAAAGGUUUUAACCGACACUCACAGCACAAGUGUUAUCUUCUCAGUCCAGCACUAGUUCCAACAUCUUCGACUCCUCCUUCCAUGGCAGCCGCAACAAUACUGGUCUCAGCUGAGAAUUCACAACACCAGCACUGGUGUUUUAUCUUCUCAGUCCAGCACUAGAUCACAAGUGUUUAAGAUGCUUCUUUUGGGUAGCAAUUUGUUGGCCCAAUCUUUUCUUGCAGUUCCUCAUCCCAAAACAUUGAAGAUACUGGUGGUUCACCUCACAGGAUUCAGACGGCUGAUGAGGACACUGAAUCGAAAACAUUGUUUACGCACCAGAGUUGCUGUCUCCACAGUCCUGCAGUGCCGCCGCAGUAGAGUUGUCUUCAGCAACCCAAAACAGCGUUACAAACCAUCUGCUGCAGCCACCACUAAAUCGCACCCUCCAGCAGCAGCACUAGCCGCAGCCACCACAACUCGUCUUUUAGCCCUAGCGACGCCUCAACAGCAGUAUCAACAAAUCAGCAGUCAUGCCUCGUCGCCAAUAACAACAAGAAAGAAACUCAGCGAAGAGGAUUGAAGCAUAGAAGACAUUGAAGGUGAAAUUAAUUAACGUGCCACGUCAUCUGCCACGCCAGCCCUAUGGAUCCACGUCAUCCACCACGUCAGCAGUCUGGAGCCACAUUAGUUCAGUCAGCUACGCCAUUGGCCGCCACGUCAGCAGCAUCACCAUGUCAUCACCUAUUGCCACGCCAGCUGCCACAUAAUCUAAGGUCCAUCUGUGAUCAAUUCCACAGCUAAAUCUUGGUCGGUAAAUAACUUUACGUUUUGGUUUUUUUGAUUUUACCUCUUUGGUAUUCGAAAUUAUCAUUAAUAUUUCUUUUGUACCAAAAAAAAGAGAAAAAAAAAUAGCAUAACAAAAAAUCUCACCUAGCAUUUUUAAUUGUUAAUUUUUGUUCAUCAACCUUUUUCAUCAAUGAUAGCUAAUAUCUUAUUCUAUUUGAUAAUUAUGAAUCUUUGCUUAUGACA